ACAGGGUAAUUGAAGUAUCAUCAACGCAUCGUAGAAGGGCCACUGUCAACACUGCAGGCCUCUAUUUUAAUUUAUAAUAAGUAUUCGCAUAUUUCACAGCCACAAAAGAGAGCAACAUAAACAGGCUGUAAAAUCUUUACCCCGCCGGUGGCUGGCACCUGAUAAGGAGAAAAGAAAUGGCUCGUUAUAGUAAAAGUUGUCUUCCUCCGGUAAAAGACUCAACCUUUCGAGAGGUGCUACCUUUUUAUCUCAUUAUUAAACUUUUAUUUGUUAUAUAUUCUAUCAAGCAAAUCUUCCUAACUAGGUGUAUGAACCUUAUGGGGAAGGCUCGUCAUUUCACUUUUUGAUUUGAGUUCUCUUUUGAGAAUACUGUGAUUCAGGGACUAUGAAAUGCACUACUAGAGGUAAAUUGGGAACUUUCCAAGCUAAGUGACUCUUGGCCAGUAUGUGGAUAUAUAUAUUCAACAAAUUACCCUUAUAAUGGCAUUCAACUUCCUCCGAUGAAACUCACAAGCUUAUUGAGUGGUUUGGCUAUCUUGCCAUACAUAUUUGUCGCCGGCAUUGAAGUAGGAGGAUGCGAUCCUGACGCAACUGCGAUUCUGGGCUUGAAGGCUGAAUUCUUCAGUGUCAGCUCAUGGGAAGUGGAUACUCCAUUAACCCCAUCCAAGUUAGAAACGUAUCUUCAAACAAUGGACCAAUACUCAGUCGUUUGUACCGGUAAUACGGGAAGUGAUCCUAACUUUUACUAUCCGGCGGCUACUAUAGGUGGAUCUACAACUUUAUAUGACUGUCCGAUAAAAACAAACGCGAUUGGAGUAAGACUUACCGGUUACAUAUAUGCUUCUGAACCAGGGACUUACACCAUUCUGUCAUACUUUAACAAUGUUGGCGUGUUGACAGUUGGUAAUGGCAAUGCUAUGUCUUCUUGUUGUAGUAAUGACAGUGUUGCUUAUAAUAAAGCAGACGACAAUUGGCUUGCAAGCUCUAACUCAGGGGCAGCCACCGACACAGGAACUACAUCUGAGCUGUAUGAUCUCAAGGCUGGCUACUACUAUCCUAUCAAGUUCGUUUUUUACAACGGCUAUACUGGGGAUGGAACUUUCGAUAUCUCUAUGGUCUUACCUGAUGGUACACACCUCACCUCCGACUUCCCUUUCUAUGAGUUUAAUUUAACCGAUAACUCAGCUUGUCCAAUUAUCACAACUACUACCGGUAUAUGGACAGUAACAGGCUCAGAUGGUGAUGUUACUGUCACCGAGGAGGUACCAGAAUCCAGAACGACCACUACUGAACCAUGGACUGGAACUG